AGAAAACCUCGUGGAGCUCGGACCAACGCGCCGUGCCCCGCCCUCUCUCCAUGGCAACCAGCGUUGAUGGGCAUGUCCGGGAAGUGACGCACGGCCGCGCCGUUGUUGUGACGGGAUCGCAUAUAAAGCCGCAUCUCCUGCGAAACCUCAGCAGCUUCCAGAGAGUCAACCACUUUCCCAGAUCCUACGAGCUGACCCGCAAGGAUCGUCUGUAUAAGAACAUGCAACGCAUGCAGCAAACGCACGGAGCGCGCAACUUCAAUCUCCUUCCCCAGACCUUCCUCCUCCCCGGAGAGUACCAGGACUUCUGCCACGCCUUCUCUAAAGACCGCGGACCCUGGAUUGUGAAACCCGUGGCAUCGUCCCGAGGACGGGGGGUCUACCUGGUCAACUCUGUAUGUCACCCCAACACCUCUGCCUGCCCCUGUCCACCUCUCUGUGUUUCCUCUCCUCUAGGGUUUAAGUUUGAUGUCCGCCUCUAUGUGCUGAUCACCUCAUACGAUCCUCUGCUCAUAUAUCUGUAUGAAGAAGGACUUACUAGGUUUGCCACCGUUCGCUACGACCGAGCCGCCAAAAACAUCAAAAACCAGUUCAUGCACCUGACCAAUUACAGUGUGAAUAAGAAGAGUGGAGAAUAUGUCAGCUGUGAUGACCCAGAAGUGGAGGAUUAUGGGAAUAAAUGGAGUAUGAGUGCAAUGCUGCGAUACCUGAAGCAGGAAGGGAAGGACACGGCAGGUCUCAUGUCUCAGGUGGAAGAUUUGAUCAUUAAAACGAUUAUCUCCGGAGAACUUCCCAUCGCUGCCGCUUGUAAAUCCUUCCUUCCUAACAGAGGAAACUGCUUUGAGCUGUAUGGCUUUGAUGUGCUGAUCGACAGCAAGAUGAAGCCCUGGCUUUUGGAAGUCAAUCUAUCCCCAUCACUGGCCUGUGACGCCCCUCUGGAUUUGAAGGUGAAGGCCUCCAUGAUCUCAGACAUGCUGACACUGGUUGGUCUGGAGUGCCAGGACCCCCUGCAGAGGCCGGGCCGCGGAGGAGUCAUGCUGUAUGACAAGCGAGUCCACAAAGCUCAGAGACAGCGCCCCCUAUCUGCCAGUGACAUUGACAUGAGGCUGCCGGCUGGGAGCAGAGACAAGAAUCGCACAAGCGGCACCCUGGGGCUUUCCACUGAAGAGGUCAGAAUGCUGCACAGAGUUCAGGAAGAAGCAUCCAGGAGGGGGGGCUUUGUUCGUAUUCUCCCCAGACACGACACAUGGGCACUUUAUGGCUCAUUCCUGGAACAUAAAACGUCUAUGAACUCCAUGCUGGCCACUCACCUCUUCCCAGAAAGGAUGGUGAUGAAUCCCGGCUGUGACAUCAGACCUAAGCUGCAUGCUCACUUGUAUGAGCGCAAAUUGCUGUCACUGCAGAUGCGCAAGGCCCGCAAACGAGGAUCAGUCCGCUACGCAGCAGGGCUGUCUCCCCCCCCGGAGAGCUCCUCAUCUGAGCAGGAAGAGGAGGGGGAAUCUGAGGAGGAAGAGUUGGAAGAGAUGCCGGAUCCUCCAUCCCUGGAGCCGCAGACAUUGCCUCCCCCCCCUCCUCGUCGAGUCCAGAGCCGCCUCCAGAGCCAACAAGACUCGGAGAAGCCACUCCCCAAAGAGGAGGAGCAAAUGGAGCUGGUGAUGAGGUUUCUGCAGCGUGCAGCCGGUAACUUGCAGCGUUCCGUGCGUCUGACCCUCCCCGGCCGCUCCCUACCGCUCCACGAGAGACGCCAACUGCUGGCCAAUCAGCUCGCUGACUUCAUCUCCUUGUACAACCAGGAGACACGGGAGAUGAGCUCUGCAGACGGUUCAGGUAACGUCGUGGACUCCGGGGAUUUUCAGUCUUUCAUAUCUGAAGCCAGUGAGAAUGACCUGGAGGAGGUUCUCACCUUUUACACACACAAGAACAAGUCUGCCAGUGUCUUCCUGGGGAACUCAUCCAGUGUGCCGAGAGGAGGGCGGCAGCCAGUUUCCUCUUCAGACACGCUUGAUGGUGUGAUGGACAGAAGACCGGAGAAUGGAUCUCUGAACCUCCAGCAGCAGGAGGCCAGUCAGUCCAGGAGUGUGCCAGCAGGAGGCGGAGUCUCGGACACUCCGGAUAUCCCCGCUGCCAGUCUCUCGGUGUCCGGUGCCUUACCAGUUGCCACACAACAGGCCAGGCAUGAGUCUUGUCCUCCGUCCGCAGGAAGCAGAUUCUACACUUCCUCCACCUCGGGUCACUCCACCAGUGCCGGCACCUCGGUGCAGCCCGUACCCCGUUCCCAAACCUCUACCCUGGGAGCCUUCACCUCCUUCCAGAGCGCUGCCCAAAUCUACAGCCAGAGACUGAGCCGGCCGAGCUCUUCCCGACCAGCCAGCACCCAGGCCAGUGCUUUACGGACACGCUGCAACUCCGCAGGGGCGGGGAAAGGGCCGGAAGAUCCCUAUAAUGUGGGAGCGGUGACGGCAUCAUUGCAGCGGCUGGCAGAGAAACAAGCAUGCCGAAACAACCUGACGCAACUCAGACAGUUCACCCGACAGCUGACCAACCUGAACACCUCCAGCAGAGUCCUUCCCGGAGGCGGGAUUCGUCUAGGCUCUGGAUCCCGCCCCCUCACAGGCACCGCAAUCCACACCACAUCUGAACAACCCAACCCUGGAGCCAGGUGAGUACCUU